UAAUUAAAACCGAAGCCUAUGUUUAACAUAAUAAAUUAAUAAAUUAUUGUUUGUUGUGUGCAUAAUUGGUACUAUUAUGCUUUUGGACCAUAGUGCAUUGCCAUUGUAAUUGCCGUGUAACUGUUUUCGGGAAAAUCGCUAAUUUUAUUAGCCAUUUUUGCUUUUUCACCAUUAUCUCUAUUAAGCGCUGCACACCGCGCGCGUUCACUUUCGCAUCGCCGAGACUGACUGCUGCAGUGGCGCAGUGCUGAGCUGCUGUCAACUGUCGAUAUCCGCUAUCGUCUUCAGACAAGCGUUCUAACUGUUAUUUAAGUCAUUUAUUACACUUUUGAACAUUCCAUCGCGUUUAACCGAUACCGGUACGGUUUUUAUAUAAUACAUCGAACAACUGAUACAUUUUGUCAGCUCAGCUCGCUCGGCAAAAUGUCCAACAACGACUGUAGAAUUUACGUGGGAAACCUGCCGCCCGACAUACGCACGAAAGACAUACAAGAUUUGUUCUACAAAUUUGGUAAAGUGUUGUUUGUCGAUUUGAAAAAUCAGAGAGGACCACCGUUUGCCUUUGUCGAAUUCGACGAUCCUAGAGAUGCAGAAGAUGCAGUUCAUGCUAGAGAUGGUUAUGAUUAUGAUGGCUACAGAUUACGUGUAGAGUUUCCACGUGGAAAUGGUCCACAUAGAAGUGGUGGUGGUGGCGGCAGUAGUAGUGGUGGUGGUGGAAGUUACAAUAGAGGAGGUGCUAGUGGUGGAAGUGGAAGAAGCCGAGGUCCUCCAGCGAGGCGUUCUCAGUACAGAGUACUUGUUACUGGAUUACCAGCAUCUGGAAGUUGGCAAGAUUUAAAAGAUCAUAUGCGUGAAGCAGGAGAUGUAUGUUAUGCAGAUGUAUACAAAGAUGGAUCUGGUGUAGUUGAGUUCUUACGUUAUGACGAUAUGAAAUAUGCUGUUCGUAAGCUUGAUGACUCAAGAUUCAGGUCUCAUGAGGGUGAAGUAACAUAUAUUAGAGUAAAAGAUGAUUAUGGUGGUGGAAGCAGUCGUCGCAGUCGUGAUUAUAAUAGUCGCAGCCGUAGUCGCUCUGCUAGCUAUUCACCUAGAGAUCGUGGAACACCAACAUAUUCACCAGUUAGAAAAAGUCGUAGUUAUUCAAGAUCUCGUUCCCGUUCGUAAUAUUGAGGAUAACCAAAUGGUAAAGCAUGCUACAAUACAUAAUUGACCCUCAUUCCAUUAUUAUAGUGUUUUUUUCUUUUUAUUUUUUUUUUUAUUUUUUAUUAGAAACAUAUUUUGAUAAAUUUUAUUACGAGGGUUAAACUAAGUUAAAAGUGUUUUGUCAUUUUUUAUUACAUUAAUAUUGUAGCUGAUUAUAACUGGAUUGAAAAUUUGACACAAAUAAAGGACACAUAGCAUUAAUUACAAAGGA